CAGCGCAGCAUGCGGUCAGUUGUGUCGAUUAUAGGCGUGGACAUAUAGAGUAUGUAGAGAAUGUUUGCAGUAGUUUGGAGGCAUUGAAUCUCUCGCGUGUGGAGUUUUCGUUAAGUAAAAAUACAAGACAUAUAUCACGUUUUUUUUCCGAAAUGGCCGAUGGGAUUCGUUUGUAUUUUCUCGCGACAGUGUUUCUCCUAAUUUGCUGCGUCCAAGAAGGCCUUUCUAUUAAAUGUUGGGAAUGCAGGUCAGACACGGAUCCAAAAUGCGGGGAUCCGUUUGACAAUACCACUGUACCUAUGACAGAUUGUAAACUAUCAGGUGAACUGGAGCAUUUGCCAGGUGUAAAGCCGACAAUGUGCCGCAAAAUUCGUCAAAAAGUUCAUAGUGAAUGGAGAUAUUUUCGUAGCUGCGCUUAUAUGGGAGAACCCGGGAUUGCAGGUGACGAACGAUUUUGUUUAAUGAGAACUGGAACAUAUAAUAUAUUUAUGGAAUAUUGUACAUGUAAUAGUAAAGACGGUUGCAAUUCGGCGCCAUAUCAAUAUGGAAAUUGGCUGCUUUUGUUAAUCGGUUUGAUAACAACCGUUCGAUACAUAUUCAUUGUUUAAAAAAAAAAAA